ACUCACUGGCAGUGCAGAGCUAUUACGAGGCCAACGUGAAAAACAAAACCAUUCCAAACGUUGAACGGGUAAGGUUCUUUUCUCUUUUGAGCUAUUGAACAAAAGCUAGAUAGGACCCGUGCGAAAGUAAAACGUCUGAUAGACAAAAGUUCUAAAAGCCCGCUUAUUCUUAGAAAUACCGUUGGCGGUAGCUGGUGUUACAAGAAAGCCUACACGCGCUCCAAGACCCAAUUUGUUCGCGAACACACCCGAAGGACGUUUGGUGAAAGUUUAACUUCAAUCGACAAAAACUCCUUGGAAGCCGGCAACGAAAAUACAUUCCUUGAGUUCCUGCUUCGCCAGAGCAGAUUUGCUACACCAAGAGGGUCUGAUGAAUCUUGAAAAACGAAAAGACUUAAUUCUUUAUCAAAUUGGUUACCUCGUUCUUUCGGUGAAUUGGCCAGAGAUUUGGAAAUAAAGCUUCAUUUUAUGCCAAACACCUUCCCCCGCAACUCGUACCCCAAGGCCGCAACCAAAAUCCAGGCCGUUUUUAGGGGACACAAAGUUCGAGCCACCAUGAAGAAGUCGGAGACCACCAGUGCAGCCACCUCUUCAAACAACACUCCAGCUUCGGGUGCUGCUGCCGCUACAGAGAACGAGCCGACUAAAGAGGAAUUGGAGGCUGAGUUCGAUCCCAACGACAAAGAACUUUGCUCUGCUGCUUUGAAAAUUCAGGCCACUUUCCGCGGCCAUUUGACACGCAAACUGGUUGCGAAGGAUACACCCGAAGAUGUUGAUAUCCAAGAAAUCACCAAGAAGGUUGCUGAAGAGUUGGACAUUGACCUGAGUGAUCCAGAGUUGAAUAAAGCGGCUACUAAAAUUCAAGCUUCAUUCCGCGGCCAUAAAACCCGCAAGGAAACCCAACCCAUUGAAUAAGAAGAAACUUAAUGAUCGCAUUGUUGGGUUUCUUUUUUGUUUUCAUUGGUAAUGCAAGCAACAGACCGACAUUAUUUCCUGAUCUAUUAGCGCCUUGUGUCUUUUUUCCGAAUGACAAAGUACGAUGUCCCAACAACUUUCUUCCCAAACAAUAGCAUAUUCAAAUGUAUUUAACUCGGUGCCACAACCCAGACCUACAUUGAAAGUGACUGAUUAUAUUGCGAACCCUGUUUGGAAAAUGUGAAUUCAGAAUGAAAGCUUUAAUUCAGUGCCACGUUGGAUAAUACAUCACACACUGAUGACAGUAUUUCACCACUAAAUUGAAAGAAUAUUCCCCAAAAAUUCACAAAGCAUACAUCAUAACGAACAGGGACACUUUUGUAGCACCUGGUUUAAAAGGUUAAACUACUUUAAUUUAAGAUGCAAAUACUAGAAUAAUCAGUUUAGAUUCAUUUUUCAAUCAGAAAAUCUGAAAAUAAUUGCAAAACAAGUUAUUUAUUUAUUUGUUUCUUUACGACUCUUUCUACUGUAGAAAAUCUGUUGACUUUGCAAAUUGUUUUGUGGCUUAUGUAAGUUCAGCCCACUCUUUAUUAGGAUUAACGUUAACAGCUUUAAAGAAGAUUAAAUGAUAAAUAAUUUACUAAAUUCUUAUUAAUAAAGUUAUAAGAGCUUUCAUUGAAGUGAAAAACAAAACAAAUAAAAACAUACAAAUAUAUACGAUAUUAAAAUGAAGGAAGUUAUUUUAGCGUUAAUAGAAGACAAAUGCCAAAAAGGGGAAAAGAAAUAUGAGAAUUUUACUUUGUUUUGCUUUAACAUUAUAGAAUUUUUGUAAUGAUUUCCUCACAAAAUUGCCUAAAUCAAUUACGAUGCACUUUUUACUAAAAAUACAGAAAAAAAGAACAAAAUAAAACAAGAAAAGGAGCUAACCCAACAGAAAUUACUCUAACAUACCAAGUUUCUAAAGGUUCACAACAAUUUAGAGGAGAACCUAAAAAUUUAUGCACUAAUUAAUUAAAGCGACAUUUUUUAGACAACAUACUGAAUUGUAAACUGCAACCAAUUUACAGAUGAAUUUAAUUAACUGAGGGUUUUAGACAUUUUUAGAUUUUUAAUUGAUUUUCACAAAGCGGGCCGUAAGUCUUCAGAUCUCACCGAAUUGGUUCUCAUUUGAGUGAAAACAUUAUUCCAGAAUCAAACAACUAUUACGGAAUACAGCUUGUUCCUAGAUUUACAGAAUUUUUAGCCGCGUAGUUAUCCCAUCUGAAGUGUGAAGGACAAAUUAAGUUGCAAACAAUUCUUAAAUGAGUCAAUAACUUUUUGGAAAACAAAAACAAUUUGCGAACUAAAACAUUAAACAAAACACAUACAUAUUGUCAAUCUUAAACAAAGGUACUACACUUUUUGAAUAAAAAUAAUCUAAGCAAAAAUGAAUACAAAUUGAGAAAAUUUCCAACUUGAAAUAAACAUGAAUUAGAGAAACCUUA